AUGCCACGCAGACUCUCCGCUUCCGGUUCUGGCUACGAGGAAUUGCGCGGGGGGAAAGAGGAGGUUGAUAUACAUGGUGCCCAUACGCAUACGCAUAUGCGUCCUCGUGAUGAAAAUGAACAUGAACAUGAAGAUGGAAAUGGAAAUGGAAAUGGAAAUGAACAUCAUCCGAUAAUAACGAGAGAAACGAUACCCCCUGGAUCAACGAAAGAAACUUGGUAUCCUAAUACCACAUUCUCGAUGAAACCGACGCCGGAGUCGGAAGAAGCGUGGGGAUCUCUCAUGCCGGUGGGUAGAGGAUUCAUCUACCGACCCGAAAUAGCACCCAUUGUCAAAAGUGUCUCUCACGGUCUCCGCACCUCUUACUACGACCUCCACUACCAAAUUGCGCGGGCGGCGGGAGCUCCCCCAGACCCAUAUCUGGAGCAAAAAUCCGCCCACACACAUAUUGAGACGGCGCAUCAAAAGCACUGUUUCGACUACCUGCGACGCGCAAUCAUGUGUGCCGCGGAUACUAAUUUGGAAUAUGUGGAUCCGGUGACGGAUGAUACGACGGGGUGGGGGAGCGAGAGGGUGUGUAGGAGUUUUGAGGAUGUGAAGGGGUGGGCGGAGAAGUGGGCUAAUGGUACGGGUGAGGGGAUUGCUUGA